AUGUUGCAACCUAUCGUUGAUAAAUUAAAAUUAUCUAUUGGACAAUUUGUUUUUUAUGCGAAUGAUUCGCUGAUACCACUGAAUCUCAAUGAUUUAGUUUGUACUUAUGAUAAUCAACGAAUUUUUACAUUAACGAAAACAGCUUCUGGCGUAGAUAUGUCGAGUAGACAAAAAUUAAAAGUAAUAAAUGAUAUAUUUGAAAUGAUAUCAGAAAAUGAUGAAGAUAUUAAAUUUGAUGAAUGCGGAAUUUUAAAACCAGUUACAUUAUCGAAAUCAACUAUUGUUGUUUCAAAUGAUGAUUAUCCUCAUGCAUCUACACUCGAUACCUCAUCAACAUGCGACAGUGAUCAAAUUUAUUGUGGUCCCAAACGGUGA